UGCUAGAGUCAUCAUCACCGUCCUCUAUAAAAUACAUACACAAACUGUAUAUAUAUAUCUCUAUAUCUAUUUCCCCCUCAGUUACUAAUUCAUAUUUUCAUACUCUUAAUUUUGCUCUCCCAUUUCUUCAAUUAUAAUUAGGGCUCCUAACAUUCCACCGGUGUGGUGGGGUCAAAACGGACUCUCUUGAAUAGAAAAGAUAGCUAUGAAUUUGCGAUUCGACAUUCUCUAAAAAGAAUGCCUGGCAUAAAUUUAGCUGCCCGGAAAACCAUGAAUUCUGUUUGCAAUUGCAGUUACUCCAGAGGCUCAGACCCGCGAGGACGUCAUAUUGAGUUGGAUGAAGAAGAGGAAGUUGCAGCGGAAGAAAGCCUUUCUAUCUAUUGCAAGCCUGUGGAGUUUUACAACAUUCUUCAACGGCGAGCAACUCAUAAUCCAACAUUCAUUCAACGAUGCUUGAGCUAUAAAUUACAAGCGAAGAACAAAAGAAGGCAAGAAUGCUACAACACAGAGAUUCAAUUAUCGGUAUCCGUAUCUGGAACUAUUGAUGAUGGGAUGCGUACUCAAAACCUUUUCCCUUUAUACAUAUUGCUGGCAAGGACAUGCUCUACCACAAAUGUGGAGAUGCAGCGUUCUGUUGUUUAUUGCUUCAGUCGGGCUUGUAAAGUGACCGCUUUUAGUGUAGCUGGGACUGUGAGUUCUGCUCAAGCUACAUUUGUUCUCCCAGAAAUUAGUAAAUUAUCAGCAGAGGUCAAAUCUGGCUCCCUUGCAAUGCUGUUAGUGAGCUGUGUUGAUAGCGCAAGUCGUCAAGGAAUUGAUCUAACUGAUGACCGCAUGUUUUUUGCUUCAUCAAAUGUCGGAGGUUACUGCUUGAUGGGUAAGAUCCCAAUGGAUUCACUUCAGCUGGAAAGAUCUCCGAAUUUAAGUUUAGGAGGGAGAGCUGAGACGAUGUCAAGUGUUAGCAUGCGUUCCUGCUAUAUGAAGUUGAGCAGUUUGGAUGAGGAAAAACGCGUGUCUUUUCAGUUUCCACAUAAUUCCGAAGCAGUGACUAUAUUGCAACAGGUACCAAUUAUUGUCUCUGCUGAAGAGCUUGGUGCAAAAGAUAUAUCAGCUUAUGAUUUGUAUUCAUACAGAGAUAUUCCUGAUAAUUCCCUGUCUCAUAUUAUGAGGUUGAGAACUGGAAAUGUCAUUUUCAAUUACAAGUACUACAAUGAUACGUUCCAGAAGACUGAAGUUACGGAAGAAUUUGCAUGUCCUUUCUGCUUGAUUGCAUGUGCAAGUUAUAAGGGUCUCAGAUUGCACUUGACCUCGUCACAUGAUCUAUUUAACUUUGAAUUCUGGGUAAAUGAAGAUUACCAAGUCGUUAAUGUAUCCGUGAAGACUGAUACUCGUAAUUUGCCGAUUCCUUUUGUUCAUGUUGAUCCCAGAAGUGAUACGUUUUCAUCUUGUUUCAUAAAACCUAGGAAAAGGAGCCGAAUUCAAAAUUCAGUCCAUGUGCAUUCCCUUCCAUUGGACUCAGAUGUUCGUGAGGGUGCAAAAAAUGAUAUUAGUCCUAAUACAACAUCUAUGUCAAGUCCUAUUGGUAUUUCGUUAGCUGAACCGGAUUCUGUACAUUCUGUAUCUGGAAGCAACCUUACGCCUCCUGCUAUGUUGCAAUUUGCAAAGACAAGAAAGCUAUCCAGUGAACUAUCCGACUCUAGAAGUCGGGCACUAUUGCAGAAGCGGGAAGUCUUUCACUCACACCGAGCUCAGCCAAUGGCUCCAGAGCAAGUUUUUGAUGAUCGAGAUAGCGAAGAUGAAGUUGACGAUGAUGUUGCUGAUCUUGAAGACAGAAGGAUGCUGGACGACUUUGUUGAUGUUACCCAAGAUGAGAAGCACAUGAUGCAUCUUUGGAACUCCUUUGUUCGAAAGCAACGGGUGCUGGCAGAUGAUCAUAUUUCAUGGGCAUGUGAGGCCUUUACGAAGUUGCAUGGACCUGAAUUUGUCAAUAACCCACCACUUCUCUGGUGUUGGAGAUUAUUCAUGAUUAAACUUUGGAAUCACGGUCUUCUUGACGAACGAACCAUGGAUUAUUGUAACCUAAUACUUGAACAAUGCCAAUAUACUGAUUGAUUCUGGUACAAGUCAAAGCGGAUAUCCAAUUUCUCUAUUUUGCAUGACGCUCUUCCAUUGUGGGGUUUAUAUAUGUAACAUAUGUAUCCCUUUUAUCUUCAAGUUAUCCAUUUCCUUUA